CCUGAAAUUUCCGGUCGCCUACAUGGACAGGACCAUCCAUAGGCCACACGGGGACGAGAGCCGCUCACCGCCUAAAAGAGCCCAAAAGCGCCGUCGGAGCAGCGUAAGCCAACGCACGCUUCUCUUCGCAUUCCCUGCGUAGGUGAUCAGAGAUCGGUGGGACCCCUUCUACCACCUCGGAAUUUCCCUCCGCUUCCUAGAGCUUGGAAUCGUCCGCCCCACUCUUAAAAUGUUAAAAUUAGAACACACACAGAGAGAGACUCCACCAUUCUCGCUCUUCUCUUGUCACCUAGCAGCCAAUCCUCGUAUCCGGUGAGACGCAGCAGAAACCAAUACACUGCUCGAAGAGAGAGGGAUCACGGAGGAGGUUGGAUCUGGUGACCAGAAGGAAAGCAGGAGGGGAGGAGAUAGAGAGGGAUAAGAGAUGUCGUACAGGGCGGACGACGACUAUGAUUAUUUGUUCAAGGUGGUGCUGAUCGGGGACUCGGGGGUGGGCAAGUCCAAUUUGUUGUCGCGGUUCACGCGCAACGAGUUCAGCCUCGAGUCCAAGUCCACCAUCGGCGUCGAGUUCGCCACCCGCAGCAUCCACGUCGACGACAAGGUCGUCAAGGCCCAGAUUUGGGAUACCGCCGGCCAAGAAAGAUAUCGUGCAAUCACAAGUGCAUAUUACAGAGGAGCUGUUGGUGCUCUUGUUGUCUAUGAUGUCAGUCGCCAUGUCACAUUUGAGAAUGUGGAGAGGUGGCUGAAGGAGCUCAGAGAUCACACAGAUACCAACAUUGUGAUUAUGCUCGUAGGAAACAAGGCUGACUUGCGCCACCUAAGGGCUGUCUCCACAGAGGAUGCUAAGGCCUUUGCAGAGAGGGAGAACACUUUCUUCAUGGAGACAUCCGCGCUGGAGUCACUGAAUGUAGAAAUUGCCUUCACUGAGGUUCUCACUCAGAUCUAUCGUGUGGUCAGCAGGAAGGCUCUUGAUAUUGGCGAUGAUCCCACAACUUUGCCCAAGGGUCAGACCAUCAAUGUAGGGACCAAGGAUGAUGUAUCAGCUGUCAAGAAAGCUGGCUGUUGCUCGGCUUAGAUCCCUCAAUCAAGGAACCUCAUCUUUAUGAUCCUUUGCUAUCUUGAAAUUAUAACAAGCUGCCUCGCAUGUCUGCAUGAAGAAGCUUUGGGCAACAUGCUUUUCAAAGUUCAUUUCCUCCGAAGAAAGUUCACAUUUUUUAUGACAUGAGUGUGAACAUCUCCAAGGUUUUAUGGCUAUUCAGAUUAGAAGUUUAAAUUUGGGGUGGUUGUCAUCAUCUUCCCAUGGAUGCAAAUCUUUCUUUUCAUUUCUUUUUCUUUUUUUGAGUUUUUAAUUCAGUAGC